AUGGCGCUUCAUCCUCUAUACAAUCCCGCCCAUAACUACCGCCGCCGCCCUCGCGCCUCCUACAUCUGGACCCACCGCACAAAAACCCACAUCCUCUACCCCCUUCUCGCAACCCUCCUCUGCCUAUCCACCCUAACCACAUUCGUUCUCUCCACAUUCCUCCUCCUCCCCAUCUCCGCCGCAAAUUACCCGGGCGCAUACGCCCUGAAGGCUCUACAUAAUAACCACCCUUAUAACAAUAUUAAGAAUAAUUCCACCCGCCUCGCAGACCAACAAACCAUCUCCGUCCACCUAGAUAACCUCGCCUGUCAAACAGGCGUAACCCGCUUCCUACAGAAACCCCCGCCGAAAUCACCGCUCAUCAUCCUCCCCGGGUCCCCUGAUGGGAGGUAUCCGGAGCUCCGGAGCGGGGAGCAGAGGUGGGUGUAUGAUAAGACAAGUGCGGGCAGUGUUAUAGAAAUGGAGAAGGCGAGGGUGGAGAGGUUUUGGGCAAGUUUUGAUUAUUUGCUUGUCGAGGUUGGGGAUGGGGAUGGUGAUGGUGAGAGUGAUCGUGAUAGACCUGGUCGAUGGGAGGUUGUUGAUGAGAUUACUGGGUUUGGAGGGGUGAGGAUUUUGAGGCCUGGUGAAGGGGAGGUUAGUGGAGGGUUUGAGGAGGAGAUUUUAGGGAAGGUGUUUGGUGGGAAGGCUGUAGAUGGUUGGAGGUGGGUUAAGGGGUUCGGGAGGAAGUAUGUUACAAGGGGCUGGUGGGUGGAGGUGCGCAUCGUGCCGAAGAUUAGGGUUUUGAGGCGUGUUUUGUGA